CGUCAAUUCAGUACCAAGGACAGCGCCAGAUCGCUCCUGAGCGCUGCGUCAGGACGCCUGAUGUCCUCAUGGUUGGAGAGCUGAGACGCACGAAGAACAUCUCAGAGCAAUCUCCACCUCCUGAGGAGCGCAGCCAUCAGUCAGGGAAAGACAGCAACGUUUAAAUUUAUUUUGUUUUGUGUAUGCUGAUGAACAGACAAUCUAGACCGCGUUUCCGUGUACACUCGUUUAAGUAACACGGCCGCAUGAUCCAAGGAGGGCUGAAGCAUUUGGAUUUAUAGGCAUGACUUUAGAAAACGUCCUCUGGGAUUAAAGUGAAAAUGUCUGGAGAAUUUCCCGACACUCACUACGAAGGCUCAGCAGGGAUAGUCUACGCUGCAGGCUUCAACUUCAGCUACGUUUUCAACACCACCAACCUCUCCGACAGCGGCUACAACCAUCUUUUAGACUUCGCCAAACCAGAUUUUGUGGGAGACGGCGCAGCCGUUGUGAGGAUUAUCAUCUCUGUCAUUUACUCGCUGGUUUGCGCACUGGGUCUGGUUGGGAACUUGUUGGUCUUGUACUUAAUGAGGUCCAAGCAAGUGUGGAAAAAAUCCUCCAUCAACCUUUUCGUAACUACUUUGGCAGUGACUGACUUCCAGUUCGUCCUCACUCUGCCCUUCUGGGCGGUGGAAAACGCGCUUGACUUUACGUGGCUUUUCGGCAAAGCGAUGUGCAAGAUAGUUUCCUAUGUGACAGCGAUGAACAUGUACGCCAGUGUGUUUUUCUUGACUGCCAUGAGCGUGACGAGGUACUGGUCGCUCGCCUCUGCGCUCAAAGGCAGACGGCGACGGCCGCUCUGCUGCUCCGCGCGCUGCAUCACGUUUUUUAUCUGGGUUACCGCCGUCACCGCCGCUCUGCCGCACGCAGUUUUCUCCACAACCGCGACAGUGUCCAAUGAGGACUUGUGUCUCGUCAAAUUCCCGGACACCAACGGCACCGCGCAGUUUUGGCUGGGACUCUAUCACUCCCAGAAAGUGCUGGUGGGCUUUGUGGUGCCGCUGGUCAUCAUCUCAGCCUGCUACCUGCUCCUUUUGCGCUUCAUCACCUCCAAAAACAUCAACACGUCGUGCGCCAAACGACGCGCCAAAGUCACCAAGUCUGUCACCAUCGUAGUCUUAUCCUUCUUCCUGUGCUGGCUGCCCAACCAAGCGCUCACAGCCUGGGGCAUCCUCAUCAAACUCAACGUGGUUCAUUUCAGUUACGAGUACUACACCAUGCAGGUGUACGUCUUUCCCGUGUCCGUGUGCCUGGCGCACUCUAACAGCUGCCUGAACCCCAUUCUGUACUGCCUGAUGAGGCGGGAGUUCAGGAAGGCGCUGAAAAAACUCUUCUGGCGGAUGACUUCGCCGACCAUAAGGCCGAUCACCGCCACCACAAAGCAAGAGGUGAACGCGCAAGGGAGGGUCCUUGUCCCGGACUGCGCGCCCGAGGAGCCGGCUGUGUUGUUUUUUCCUCCGGGGGCUGUUAUGUACAACGACAGGCGGGAUCUGCCCCAAAGCAGCGCUUAGUCUGG